AGUAACUGUUAAAAUUAGGUAGAGUUAGUAUGGGGGUGCCUUGGGUAAUUAACAUAGGUCUUUCGUUAGAAGGAUGGUACUUACGAGUAUUCUAAACUUAAUGAGUUAACAUAGUAAAAUAGAAAUUUGUGGUAAGGAAGAGCAUACUCACCCUCUAGCUUUAGACUUAAAAAUUCUGUUGCUGUCUCUUGUGCUACCAUUUAUUUCAGAAUUACUGUUGCAAGCAACCAUGAUAUGUUUUGUUUUUGCUUUUAAUAAUAGAAAAACCACUAGUGGCAGCUUGGAGGAAAUUGCAGUGUAGGCAUCUGUACAUUUUAGCUUUUUAAAAAAAAUAUGAUUGGACUCUUUCCAAAAACAACAUUAGGAAGCUCAGGGUCCUCUUGUUAUUUUAAUAGAGAUGUGAUAGAGUGAAAAAAAAUCAGGAUAAGAUUAGAGAAGAGCAGUGAUUUUUCCACAGAGGUCAGGGCUCAACAGAGCUUGAGGGGGACUUCUGCUUUCUUCCUCAGAGAACGAUAUGUCUCCAGGAGGGAAAACAUCCUUUCCACCUCCCUGCCUUUUGCACUUUCUAAAAGGCUACACAUAAGGCGAACUGGAACCAGUGAUAGUGUGGUGUUUGUAGGAAUUGGAUGGAGGCAGAAGAAUGAUAAAGAAUUUGCUUCUAGGAAAUUUCUGGUGUCUUAAUAUCAUAGUUGAUCAUUUUUGUGAUAUGCUGAUAUCUAUCCAGUUGAAUUGUGGUGCUGGAGGACUCUUGAGAGUCCCUUGGACUGCACAGAGAUCAAAUCAGUCAACCCUAAAGGACAUCAACCCUGACUAUUCAUUGGAAGGACUGAUGUUGAAGCUGAAACUCCAAUACUUUGACCACCUGAUGCAAAGAGCUGACUCAUUUGAAAAGACCCUGAUGCUGGGAAAGAUUGAGGGCAGGAGGAGAAGCGGUGACAGAGGAUGAAAUGGUUGGAUGGCAUCAUCGACUCAGUGGACAUGAGUUUGAGCAAACUCCAGGAGAUAGUGAAGGACAGGGAAGCCUGGCCUAUUGCAGUCUGUGAGGUUGCAAGGAAUGGACAUGACUGAGCAACAAAAAUCCAGUUGAAAGCAAUACGUAUACUUUUAAAUGUUUCAAUAUAUAUGCUUUUAAGUGUUUCAGUGUAUAUACUUUUAAAUGUUUCAACAUAUUGCCAGAUAAUACAUUAGAGAAUAACACUACUAGUCUACUUAUUUUAACCUUGUAUUUGUCUUACUGUAGCUUUGUAAGAUCUCUUUCUGUCCUACUAUCAUUGUGUCAGGAGUCUGGGCAUGGCUUAGUAGUAUCUUCUACUGAGGGUCCAAGAAGGUUGUAAUUCAGUUGUUGGCCAGGUUGUAUUCUCAUCUGAAGACUUGCCCAGGGAAGAUUUCACUAACUGCUGCGCUUCCAAGCUACUGCAAGUUGUGAGGUUGUGGGACUGAGGUUGCUGUUUUCUUGCUGGAUGUAGGCCAGGUGCUGCUCUCUAGAAGCCUCCUGCCAGGAUGUAUCUAUGCUUCUGUUUUGUGUUUCCACGUGUAUCAUUCAUGAACCCUUUGUCCCCUGCAGUGGAAGCAUUGCAGUUUCUUAACCACUGGAUCACCAGGGAAGUUCCUGUGAUUGCUUCUUUUCUGAGCCCCGUAUCCUCCUUACCCGUAGAUGUCUCGUCCUCACAGUCCCCUAGCCCUCCCUUGCAGGGGUCACUGCCACCCUCCUCUGAACUGUUAUGUAAUUUGGAAAUGAAGGAGGCAGGCAGUUAGGGAAUGGAAGGAGAAAAGGGAGACCCUACCCCGUGUCAUCAAAUAUUAAGAUGUACGCAUAUCCAAUGUUGAAUAUCUUUUCUCAAAAAACUUUCUGCAUGGAUUACCCUUGUUUUGGAAAUUAAUUGAUUGUGUUGACUCAUUAAUGAUUUGAUACGCGGUUUAAGCAGUCAUGUAUAUGUGAGAAUUCUUGAGAAAUGUAAAAAUCUGACGUACUAAUUAUUUUCAAAUAUAAGGAAAUUUAUAUGUUUUAAAAUGAAAAAUUAAGUUUAUAUAUGAAUUUAAUGGAACAUUUUUUAAUUUUGUAGUUUAAUUUUCUUAAAUUGGUGUCUGCCCUUUUCAUGCCUAGAUCUCAGGCAUUUUCUUGUAUGUUUUCAUUUCUGGAAAAGCUUGCAGGCCCUGGGCUUCCUGCCUGCAGUAUGAAAUGGAUAAAUUGGAUUUGAUUGAGUCUUCCUAUAGAUCAGUAAGGGAACAGAAAGUUGGCAGUAGUUUAUCAACAUCCCAUACUCAGGUAAUUAAGCAAUUUCAAUAAUUCUUAAUAGCAUGACAGAUUUUUAUCAUCUUUUAAUAGGUGUUGGCUAAUGGGACCUAGGGAAGCACAGGAAAAUUUCUUUUGCAUUAAAGCAGUUCUAGGCAGAGUAGUAUUUAUUCAGAGUGAUGUAUUGCCAGGGCUGCCACAACAAAAUACCACAAACUGGGUGGCUUAAACAACAAAUGUAUUUUCUGACAGUUUAGGAGGUGGAAAGCUCAAGAUCAAGGUCAGCAGGUUUGGUUUUUUGUUUUUGUUUUGAGUCUUCUUUCCCUGACUAGCAGAAGGCUACCUUCUUACUGUGUUUUCACGUGACUUUUCUCUGUGUGUAUGCAGGUCUGUCCUCAUCUCUUCUUAAUAAGGAAAGCAGCUAUAAUGGAUUAGGGCCUACCUAUGUGACCUCAUUUUAUGGUAAUUACCUCAGUACAGAUCCUGUCUACAAGCACAGUCACGUUAUGAUGCGCCAGGGGUUCGGAUUUCAACAUACGCAUUUUGAGAAGAUACAAUUAAGCCCAUAACAAUUGUCAUCCUUUAUUUUAUGCAAUAGCAAACUUGAUGAUAAAUCACACUUCAAUUAAGGUAAAUCUUUUUUCCUACUGUCUUCCAAUGGGAAUAUGCUGCCCUCCCACCCCUCAGAUAGCAAGAGUAAGACCUUAAGCUCAAAAGCGGAAACAAUUUUGAAUUACUCUGUACCCUCCAGAUCCUCCUCCCACAAUUUUGAUUUUUUCUUCCUGUUUUACGAAGUCUUGUCUUUCUUCUGUCCUUCUUCAAAUGAUGAGCAUACUUUCCAGAUACAGAGUUGCUCCAUUUCAUGUGGAAGAUUCUAUAACUUGGCUUCCCUUUCCCUUUUUGUCUGAGAUCUCAAUGAACUGUUUUUAAAAAAAAAACCACCUAAUUUUAUGGAAGUAGAGUUGAUGUACAAUAUUGUACUCUGCUCUAUAGCAGUGUGAUUCAGAUACAUAGAUAGGUAUUCUAAUCCAUUAUGGUUUCUUAUAGAAUUUUGGAUAUAGUUCCCUGUGUUGUGCAGUAGGACCUUGUUUAUUCUAUAUAUAAUAGUUGCCUUUGCUAACUCCAGCCUCCCAACCCAUCCUUCCCCCUUUCCCCUUCUCCUUAACACUGCAAAUCAGUUCUCUAUGUCUGUGAGUCUGUUUCUGUUUUGGUAGGUGAGUUUUCAAUGAACUCUUCUUUUUCCACCUCACUAUCCCCCCUCUUUUUUUGAUUUCUCUUUCACCUUCCUUUUUAUUUUCAGUGUUACUCUGUGCUAAGGCCUAGACAUACAGAGUAAGAAAGGACACAUGUUCUUUUCAUGAAGUUUACUGUCCACCGUGAGAAGACGACCUUUAAAAAAAAAUGCACUGACUUUAGAUGGUAACUGGGAGUUGUGAUUUGAUGUGAAACUAAGGGGGUAGCUACUAUAAGAGAGUGUGUGUGUUAAAUUUAAAUAGAGCUUGGAGAAGGCCUAAUUAAGUGGUAUUUGAGCUGAAACCUCCCCAUUGAGAAGAAGAGUUACUUUACUGCAGAUGGAUAUUUGGUUUGUUUUUCUUCCUAUUUUGCUGUUAAAAACAUUGACGCUUUGAACAUUCUUAUACACAUUUCUUGAUGGAUAUUUCCAAGAAUUUUAAGGUUAAAUCUGGGAGUGUUAAUUGUAUGUUAUACUGUAUGUGAAUGUUUAGUUUUCAGGCUGGUGCCAAAUCAUUUUCCACAAUAGUUAUACCAAUUUACAUCCACGAGGGAAACAAAAGAAAUUCCAUUUAAUAGGCUUCCCUGGUGGCUCAGUGGUGAAGAAUCUGCCUGCCAGUGCAGGAGACAUGGGUUCAAUCCCUGAUCUGGAAAGAUCCCACCUGGCGAGGAGUGACUAAGCCCAUGUGCCACAACUGUUGAGCCUGUCUGUGCUCUAGAGACUGGGAGCAUCAACUACCGAGCCCGCGUGCCCCGAGCCUGUGCUCUGCAACGAGAGAAGCCGCCGCAGCCUUUCUGUCUGACAUCUUAGCGAGGCGGCAGUUGUCGCAGCUGCUCUCUGGGCUUCGCUAUGCCGCCCAAGGACAAGAAGAAGAAGAGAGAUGCCGGAAAGUCGACCAAGAAAGACAAAGAUCCAGUGAACAAAUCUGGGGGCAAGGCCAAAAAGAAGUGGUCCAAAGGCAAAGUUCGGGACAAGCUCAAUAACCUAGUCUUGUUUGACAAAGCAACAUGUGACAAACUCUGUAAAGAAGUUGCCAACUCUAAGCUUGUAACUCCAGCUGCCGUCUCCGAGAGACUGCAGAUUCGUGGUUCCCUGGCCAGGGCAGCCCUUCGGGAACUCCUUAGUAAAGGACUUAUUAAACUGGUUUCAAAGCACAGAGCUCAAGUGAUUUACAGCAGACACACCAAGGGUGGAAAUGCCCUAGCUGCUGGUGAAGAUGCAUGAACAGGUCCCACCAACUGUACAUUUUGAAAAAUAAAACUGUAAUUAAAUAAAAAAAAAACAAAAACAAGAGAAGCCACUGCAAUGAGAAGCCUGCAACUGAAGAGUAGCUCCGCUGCUCACCAAACAGACAAAAGCCUGUGCAGCAAUGAAGACCCGACACAAACAAACAAACAAAAAAAAAGACUCAGAGCCAGGAUUCGUUAAAAAAAAGAGAGAAAUUCCAUUUGAGAAUCUCCCAAACUUCCCAUAAGAAUCUUCAUUCUUGUCAGUACUUCACAAAUUUAAUUUUUACCAAUCUAAAUAUUUAUUUUUACCAAUUCUCCAUUGCAAUUUUAAUUUUAUUUUCCUGAUUAUUAUCUGUUUUUUAUUUUACUUUUAAAAAUAAAUUUAAAAAUACAUUGUGGGUAGCAGACUUUUGUGAGUGAUAUAUUGCAAAUACUUUCUCUCAUUUUGUGGCUCUCAUUUCACCUUCCUCAUAGUUUCUUUUAAUGAAAAAAAGGGUCUUUUAAGAUGGUCGAA